AUGGAUAAAUUUGUUUUCAAAAUUAAUACCAAACAACAUAGUGAAAAUACCCAGUCAGAUCCAGUCCCAUCUACUUCUAAGGUAGCUGAGCCUGAGCCAAUAGCGAUAAUAGAGGUAGAUGAGGAGUUAGAUGAGGGGGUAGAUGAGUACUUUGAGAAGGAGAACAAAAAUGAAAACUUAAAACCAAAUUCAGAAAUUGCUAGAGGUGUGUGUCUCAAGAGGCAAAAGGCCACUAGAUUAAUUGUGGGGGUAUUGGCUCCCUAUUUCAUGAAAGAGACCAUUGCUGACAUCAAAGAAAACUAUUUCUCAAUUAUUAUUGAUGAAACCACUGAAUUAGCAAGUCAAAAAUCUAUGGUGGUAAUAUUUCGCUAUUGGAAAGAAGGAAAAGUGACGGAUAGACUUUUAGAUUUGAUAGAAGUUCACUCUGCCACAGGAGAAUCUCUAUUUAAUACUAUCAAAUCAAUAAUGGAUAGAAAUGGCAUUCCAUAUGGAAAAAUUAUUGGUUUUGCAGCAGACAAUGCCAGUACUAUGAUGAGAGUGUGGCAAGGUGUCCAAGCAAGAUUGAGAGAAUUAGUUCCAAAUAUAUAUAUAUAUGCACAUGCCAUUCAUUGCACCUUUGUUCUUCAGCUGCUGCCCAGAAAUUGCCCAAAUCAGUUGAACAGUUUGCUAGGGAUAUAUAGUUACUUCUCUCAUAGUAGUAAGAGAAUAGCUCAUCUACAAGAAUGCCAGAUCUUCUCCAAUGAAAAACCCCACAAAAUGCUGUAUCCAAACCAAACUAGGCUGUUGUUGGAACAUUGGAAUUCUUUGAGGUUAUUCUUCCAAAGAGAAGCUCUUGAGGAUAAUUUACCCAGUGCCAGAGCUAUUUUGAAUGCUCUCAAUAAUCAAGAAUAUAAGAUAUACUUCUUGUUCUUAUCUUAUGUGUUGGAACUGAUUACAAAAGUUAAUAUAGAGCUACAGUCAGAAACCCCAAAACUACCAAUUUUUUUGAACCGAAUAACUACUUUAUAUAAAACCAUAUUGAAAUGUUUUAUCAAAAAAACUCUCAUACAAAAAAUAGAGACUGAAUAUAUAGAUGUGAACAAUCCCAGUAAUUAUGUUUCACUUGAAAAUGUUCAUGUUGGUGCCAAACUAGAUGCUCUGAUCAAAUCUGGAUAUCUCAAUCUUUCACUACCAGUUUCAAAUAAUUUCAGGCAAAGGGCAUUGGAUUUUUAUGUUGAAUUCUGCAAUCAGGUGAAGCAAAUAUUUAAAUUCAAUGAUCCUUAUCUCAAAUAUGCAUCUAAUUUUACACCUGAUUUUAUCUGGAGAUGUGAUGUCAAUUGCUGACUUCAUAAACCUUUUUCCGAAUAUUCAAGUUGAUAUUGAAUCUGCAAAUACAGAGUGGCAGCUAUUGGGAGAAAUUACUUCAACAGGCUGUGAUAAAACGAACAAGACUGAUAUAAAUGAAUUUUGGCAAAAUGUUUCAUCAAUGAAAAAUUCAUUAGGUGAACCAUUGUUUGAAAAUCUCAUGGUAAUAGUCAAGUGUAUUUUGUCUUUACCCCAUUCUUCAGCUACAGCAGAGAGAGCUUUCUCACAACUGAAUCUGACAAAACAUUCCUUCGCAAUCGCCUUCCCAUAAAGACAUGUGCAGCAGUUCUUUUAUUAAAAGAUAAAAUGAGGACUCUCUCAGGUGGAGCUAAUGAAUGGAGACCAGAUACAAAAUUACUGAAUUAUAAUGUUAGUAUAUUAGAAAAGAAUGAUACAGAUGAGACUGAUUGAAACUCUCUAGUCUUAAUUUG